CCAACGACGUGUGCAUCGCCAAAAAAAGGCUUCCUUCCUCUUUUGCCUCUCUACGCCCGCCCUACCACUCCCACCCUCUCUCCCUCAACGCGCGCGCGCCCCUCGGCGACUCGAACCCCGCGCGGUCACCUCUCCCUCUUCCCGCCUGCAUCUCCCGCGCCCUGAAGGUCGUCCCGCUAGGACAUCGUUAAACGAGACGAAAAUGAGCAAGCUCCCAACCCACCUCCCACGGCCGUCGAGCCUCCUCUGCUGCCGACCCAGAAUAGCUGCAACCUCAAUCGCGUCCUCCUCCUCAUCCUCCUCUUCGCCGCUAGCCUACAACGCCUCGACGCCCAUUCAGAGGACGUCCCUCACCCAGACCCGUGCCGCAACCUUCGUCCCCCGCCCGCGCCGCCCCUACACCUUCACCCAGCUUGUCCAGCUCUCGGACGGGAGCACCUUCACCGUCCGCUCCACGUCUCCGGCACCCCUCGUCCGUUCCGUAAAGGACUCUCGGAACCACGCCCUCUGGCAGCCCUCGGACAAGUCUCUCAAGAACGUCGAGGUCGACGAGGCUGGAAAGCUGGCCGCCUUCCGAGAGCGCUUCGGCCGCGGCUUCGACCUGGCCGCGGCCCCUACCGAAGAUGAGGCCGCCGCCGUCAAGGCCUCCACGGCGGCGGCACCUGCUGCUGCUGCUGCUACUACUGGUGGAAAGGAUGGGGCCGUCGAGCAGGACAAGACGGCCGCCCCGGCCAAGCCCGACGAGGAGGACGAUGCCUUCGACAUGGGCGACUUGAUCAGCGGGUACGCGGUGCAGCAGCCUCAGCCGAAGGCAAAGGAGCCCCUCCAGAAGGCAGCGAAGAAGGGAAAGAAGUAAAC